UAAAAUUCCAAGCGACUAAGCUUCAUAAUCAAGUGCUGAAAUUUAAAUCUCGAUUUGAUAAUAAUGGAAGAAAGCAUGAAGCGAUGGGAAGGUAAAGUUGCUGUUGUCACAGGAGCCUCACAAGGGAUCGGUGCCUCAGUUGCUGUAACUUUAGCAAAGUAUGGAAUGAUUGUCUGUGCAUUAGCUAAAAGGAAGGAUAAAAUCGAGGCAUUGCGUGUUGGAUUAAUAAAAAUUAAGGGACAACUUAAUGCUGUCGAAUGUGACAUUGCCAACGAGCAAUCAGUUCAAAGUGCAUUCACGUGGGUCGAAAAAACUUUCGGUGGAGUUGACUUGUUGAUUAAUAACGGUGGAGUCUAUACUAAAGCUCUCUUCACUGACGAGAACAAUUCACGAGAGUUAAAGAACAUCAUUGACAAUGAAAUUUUAGGAAACAUCUUGUGCACGCGUCAGGCAGUCAAGUCAAUGAAAACUCGUGAUGUCAAUGGACAUAUCGUUAACAUUAAUUCAAUUUUUGGACAUAAGGUCAAUCAAGCUGUGCCAGGAAAUAAGCCAAUGAAUUCCCUUUAUCCACCAGCUAAGCAUGCAAUCUCUGCCGUGACUGAAUGCAUUCGUCAGGAACUUCUGUAUUUGCAGACUCAAAUUAAGAUCACUGUAAGUAACCGCUCAUGCUAUGUCUUUAAUGUCAUUUAUUAAUCUAAUUUUACAGUCAAUUAGCCCUGGAUUGUGCGAACAAGACAUUAUUACUAGCUGUACAGACAAUGAACUUGUAGGUUUGAUGCCAAAAAUGAAGCCAGAUGAUGUUGCAAAUUCAGUUAUUUACUGCAUAACUUUACCAGAUUCAAUUAAUGUUCACGAAUUGGUAUUAAAACCAAUCGGAGAAUUCGUUUAGAUUUAUGCUGAACAAAAUUUCUAUCUAGUAAAUUUUAA